AUGGAGCCCGGGUCGGGCGGCCGAGGCGCAGCGCGCGGCCAGCGGCCCUCGAGCACCGCGCAGCCCCGCGAGCAGGAGCGGAAGCUCGAGCAGGAGAAGCUGUCCGGGGUGGUGAAGAGCGUCCACCGGCGGCUCCGCAAGAAGUACCGCGAAGUGGGAGACUUUGAUAAGAUCUGGCGAGAACACUGUGAAGAUGCGGAAACACUGUGUGAAUAUGCUGUUGCAAUGAAAAACUUGGCAGAUAAUCACUGGGCAAAAACUUGUGAGGGUGAAGGUCGCAUUGAAUGAUGUUGUAGUAUAUGCAGAGAGUAUUUCCAAAAUGGUGGGAAGAGAAAAGCACUUGAGAAAGAUGAAAAAAGAGCUGUCCUCGCCACUAAGACCACUCCAGCCUUAAAUGUGCACGAGUCUUCUAAACUUGAAGGUCGUUUAACAAACCUCAGCUUUACAAGUCCUGAAUUUAUAACUGAGUUGCUUCAAGCCUCAGAAAAGAUCAGAUUACUUGAUGUUGGCAGCUGCUUUAAUCCAUUUUUGAAGUUUGAAGAAUUUCUAACUGUUGGGAUAGAUAUUGUACCUGCUGAUAGUGUCUAUAAGUGUGACUUCCUGAACCUGCAGCUUCAGCAGCCACUCCAGCUUGCACAAGAUGCUAUAGAUGCUUUCCUGAAGCAGCUGAAAAAUCCUAUUGAUUCUCUUCCUGGAGAACUAUUUCAUGUGGUUGUUUUCUCUCUCCUCCUUUCCUAUUUUCCAUCACCCUACCAGCGAUGGAUUUGCUGCAAGAAAGCCCAUGAGUUGUUAGUGCUGAAUGGCUUAUUGCUCAUCAUCACCCCCGAUUCCUCCCAUCAGAACCGGCAUGCUAUGAUGAUGAAGAGCUGGAAGAUUGCUAUAGAAUCCCUGGGCUUUAAGCGCUUCAAGUAUUCAAAAUUUUCUCAUAUGCAUCUCAUGGCUUUUAGGAAAACCUCCCUUAAGACCACAAGUGACUUGGUUAGUAGGAACUAUCCAGGGAUGUUAUAUAUUCCUCAAGAUUUCAACAGUGUAGAAGAUGAGGAGUAUUCUAGCCCUUCCUGCUAUGUCCGAUCAGAUAUAGAAGAUGAACAAUUAGCGUACGGUUUCACAGAGCUCCCUGAUGCUCCUUAUGACUCAGAUUCUGGAGAAAGUCAAGCCAGCUCUAUUCCAUUCUAUGAGCUGGAGGAUCCCAUUUUACUUUUAAGUUAAUAUAAAAGCAAAAGGCCCUUUCAUUCCAGACUCCUAAACUAAUUGCUUACACUAAUCAGAAUACUAACAUGAACUCAGUAUUUAAAGCCUGGUUUGCAUAGGAGAAAUGCAAACGUUUACAGAGUUCGCUAUUUUUUUCUACUUCUGGAUUUCAAAGUUUAUUCUUAUAUAGGAAGCUUAAAGUUUCAUGCAGAGUGACUUUGUCUUAGCAGAAACCACUGUUACUUUAGCAUUUUACAUUAAGAUUUAAAAAGGUACCUCUUUUCUCUUUAGUGCUAUGUGAAGUCUGAUUUACUAUGUAUUUUCCUUUCAGUGUAGUGUUGACUUUACACCAUUGUCAUGAGGAACCUUAAGAUGUGUAGAAAGCUGUAGAUUGCACUUUGAUGAGUCACAAGUUAAACAUUUCACACAUAGGUUGGUUUAGUUGUUUGUGGUACACUUAUCUUUUUCUUUAAAUUGUUACCUAUUACAGAAGACAUUUUCCACUCAGUUUCAUCUAAAGAUGCAGUAUUCCUGAACUUUUUGAAAUUGGAGACAACUCUUAAUAUUAAGCUCAUUUGGAAACAUUAGACAUUGAAAGACAGAUUGCCCAAAGUGUGUUCUAAUUUCAUUAACACAGUACAGCAAACACCAUUGCCAGAGUAGUAUUUCUAUGACUUUCUCACUGAUUUAGGCUUUGGUGUUCAGUGUGUUUUACCUGUGAAAGUUCUUUUUUAUUUUUAAAAUUUAGAAUACAUUUACAAAGUUUUCAGUUUAAUCAAGAAGCGGUAUAUAAUACUCAGUGCUGACUGAGACCGCCUUUGUGAAAGGCUUUGCACUUAGAGAGUAUAUUCUAUUGAGACCAGCUGAUAGGCUCCUUACCUGUCCAUUAAGGCGUUGCUGCACUACAAGUUUGGGAUUACAUGAACGUUUUUGACAUUAACCCUCUACUGAUAAUCUCAUAGAAUGGUCUUGACCUUUCGGUAUCCUAAUUUCUUUCUAAGCCCAAGCAGAUAAUUGUUCUGUGACUAUAUAAACAAUGAGUUGGCUGCAGGAAAUGUCUCUUUCUGUGUUUCUGAAUCAGAAGCAAAUGACUAACAAGAAAUACGUGUCCAAACAAGACAAGUUUAAAGAGUUAAAACGUAGUCCACGUUGUCUUGUCAGCCAGCAAAUUGUCAUGUAAACUAUCAUUUUUAAGAGUGCCACUGUGUGGAUUUUUUUCAAGUGGUUAUUACAUUAAAAUUACCUCAUACUGAGGUUUUUGCACUGAAAUAUAACAGUUUCAGAUUUCAUGGUUAAUGGUGUGUGUGAGUGUGUGUGUGCGCGCGCACAUGGGUGCGUAUGUGUAUUUUUAAAGGAAACUUGCAUUUUCAAUAAUCCUAAAUUUCAUAAACUGCACUUCUUUACUCUGAUAAACUGAUGUUUUGUGCUUAUUGUGAAUUGUUAUAGUUAACUUUGAAUGUCAAAUUUCAUUUAGAAAUACAAAAACUUACCCUUUAAGAUAGGUUCAUUGUGUAUACCCAAUAUUUCAAGUUCAGUUUCACAUGCUAAAUUAAUGAAAGUAACAUGAUUAUAACUAAUUUUAGAAAAGUCAGUGUGU